GGCAGUGCGUGCUGCGCCUCGGCCAGAGAUGGGCGUAGCGAGUGGCGGGAGUGCGUCAUGCUCGGCGUGACGUUGGAGCCGCGGCACGAUGGCAGCCACCACUGCUGCCGCCCUUGCGUGCCUGCUGUUUUUGAUGAUCGGCAGCGCGCGCCUGCAGGACGCCGAAACACCGCUAUGCCAGCGACCGGGCUGCAACUGCGUCCAAAACACCGCGAGCUGCGAGUUCGCUCCUGAUCAGGUGGUGCAGCUGGGCGCGGGCGCGCUGCCGGCGGGCUCCUCGGUGUCGGUGGUGUCGGUGUCGGGGCCGCGCGAGCUGCACGUGCUGGCGGGGGCGCUGUCCGGCGUGCGGCUGCUGCAGCGCCUGCGCCUGCGCAGCAUCGGCAAGGUCGUGCUGCGCAAGGCCGCCCUGCACGCGUACGCCGAGCCGCACGCCAUCCUCGAGGUGAGCGACUGCGGGGUGCUGGUGGUGGAGUCGAAGGCGUGCCAGGGCCUGCGCGGCGCGCUCAUCGCGCUGGUGGCGCGCUGCGGCCACGUGCUGCUGCAGGCCGGUGUGUUCGCGCGCCUGCUCGCCCUCGCCGUCGCGCACGUCCCGCACCUGCAGAUGCAGUCCAACGCGCUCGCGCUCGACAUCAGCGCCGGCCAGGCCACCGUGGUGAACCUGACGCACGUGCUGAUGCCGGAGCUGGCGAAGCACACGUUCCCGUCGCCGGCGGUGGAGGUGCGGCUGCAGGACUGCGAGGUGGUGUCGGUGCGCGAGGAGGCGUUCAGCGCGCUGUCGCUGGGCAAGCUCUCGGUGGUGAACUCGUCGCUGCACGACGUGGCCGCCUCCGCCUUCUCGGACCGCACGCUCAUCGACCAGCUGCUGUUCAGCGGCUCCCGCAUCCACCGGCUGCGCCGCGGCGCCCUGCUCGCCGGCGUCACCAACCUCACCAUCGAGCGCUCCAGGAUAGAUGAAGUGGAGAGCGGCGCGGUGAACAACACGGUGGCUGUGGUGACGCUGCAGCACAACCACGUAGCUCUGGUGCGGCAGCAGGGCUUCGUGCUGCGCAAGUGGAACCGCCUCAGGGUCGUCAAUAACACCUUCGAGCAGCUCGAAGAAGACUCCAUCUGGGCUCCCUACCAGACAGUCGCCGGUGCACCAGUGUCGGAGCUGCGUUUCUCGGAGAACCGGCUGGGCGCGGUGUCGGCGGGCGGCCUGCGGUGGCUGGGGGCGGCGGCGGCCGGCGUGGGCUCCAAGACGGCGGCGGGCAACGUGCUGGAGGGCACGCCGUGCCGCUGCGACCUGCUGGGCGAGGAGGCGGCGGCGUGGGCGGCGGACGCGCUGCUGUGCCGGCCGGCGGCGCCGCUGCUGGCGCGCUGCCUGCGCCCCAGUGCGCUGCCGGGGGCGGCGCCGCAGCCCGCGCUCUCGCUCGCCAACUUCACGGCCGCCGUCUGCGGGGGCGGCGACGUGCUCGUCUGCCAGGACGCGCCCGCCGUGCUCGCCAACGCCGACGGCGAGGCCGGCGACGGCUCGCCGGGCCACGAGUACGCCGAGCUGCAGCCGCAGGCGGCCGGCACGGGCCCGGGGCCGCCGGGGGCGGGGGCGGACGACGACGCGCUGCUGCCGGCCGAGGACAAGUGGACGCAGACGCUGCCCGAGGAGCUGACGCAGGAGCUGCUGCAGACGCUGCGCGACAAGCUCGACGACCCCGACAACUACAGCGAGGCGCGCGACAUGAUCGAGCACCUCUACGACCUCAUCAAAGUGGAGGAGAGCGGCGCCGAGGAGCGCGAGACGGGCGAGGUGAUCCGGCGGUCGGCGCGCGGCGCGACGCGCAGCACGGGCACGCGGGCGCCGUCGCCGCCGGUGGGCGCGGCGGUGCGCGUGUGCGGCGAGUACCUGGAGCCGCGCGACCGCUCCCCGGACCAGCACCUGUACGCCGAGCUGCCGCCCGCCGCGGGCGCGCCCGCCGCCGCCGCGCUCUGCGAGUACGCCGAGCCGCGCGACAGCCACCGCCACGCCGCCCACCACGUCUACUGCGAGCUGCCCGCCAACAUGGCAGACCGACCGCUGCCUUCCACGCCCUCCACCCGCUGACACCGUCCGGCGCUGUACCACUCCGCCUCGCCGAGACAAUUCGUCGUCCGGUCGUCCUCGACCACCGCGACUGCCCGGACACUACAAUAGCGUCCGCAAUCGUCGCUCCAGUAGAGCGCGACCACAUCCUUCACUGGGGGGCAAUAAUUUCACACACCGGCGGAGCCAGAACCGCGCCCUCGGCGGUGACGUCACCGUCGUACUCGGCGCAUCCCUCAGCGCCGUUCGUCGACGCCCGGAACGGCGCUGCGAUUGCGGAAGUGUCCGAGAGUGGAGCGACCACUUGUUGUUGCCGUCUUUCCGGUACCUCUAUCCGACACUCGUCUUCCACAGCAGGGCAGCGGGACUGCGUGCACCGUUUACUGUGAUCGUCCGUCGUCCAGUGGAGUGACGCUGGGAGUGUCGCGUAGUGUUCCUAUGUGUACGAAGACUUCUUUUUGUGGCAGCCUGUUGCGCCGCACGUCCUUUGCAUUAAGACUGUGAGGCGGCGCACGAAGCGCCGCCGUCCUUUAGCUGACUGUGAUAUGUUUUUAAGUGUCACCACUACCCGUGUUCGCGGACAUCUGUUAUCGCUCGUGUACCGCCUAAUGCAGUGCCUGUGUUUUCAGAGCUGUGCUUCCCAUGUCGAGGAGCACGUACGAUCGUUUCUUUCCAUUGUGAUUCUAAAAGCGUAAGAAGAUAAUCGUGCGGCUACAACUGGCGGAGAACGAAAUCGUCCGAAGUGGUACAGAAGUUGCUCUAUGUGAAGUUAUUCUCGUCAACAUUUCCUUCGUUUUGUUUAAAAUGUUUAAAAGAAAUAUCGGUGUAAAUUAUUUUCUCACUAUAGCACAGAAAGUGUUUACUUCGAAAUUUUGUUCUCCGUCGCAACCUAGCCAUUUUCUGUUGGGGAAUGUGUGUUGUAUGUCGGAGGUUGUAAGAGUUUCCUUAUUCAGAGUUAUCAAUGUCUUUCACGAAUAACGAGGUUAUUUCAGUUCGCAGUGUCACGUGUGUAUCAAAGUAAAUUACCGAGCGUCCUGUCCUCUGAUGCGUAGGUGUGGUUCUGACUGAUGUGCAGCAAACAACGAACAAUGCAUUGCAUAAUGUCUUGCAUUUCCGUUUGUAUAUAAAUAAAUUCAUAUAUAUAUAUAUAUAAAUAUAACAUGCCAUUCUUGCAGCAAUAAAACAUUUUUAUGUGUAAAAA